CUUCCUUCCUCCUCCUCCCGGCUCCCCUCACCCAGCCACCGGCCAUGUCGGUGGAGACGGAGCGGAGCUCCACCGAGUCCUCCGGGGCUUCCGGGCUCGACUUCGAGGACACCGCGCUCACGCUCACCCUCCGCCUCCCGGGCUCCGCGCCUUCCGCCGCCGCCGCCGCCGCGGCUUCCCUGUCCCUCUCCUCCUCGUCGUCCUCCGCCUUCCCCGACCCCGACCGCAAGCGCGCCUCCUCCGACGCUGACCCCGGCCGCUCCUCCCCGCUCGCCGCGUCCUCCGACGCUGCACCGGCACCCAAGGCUCGUGUGGUGGGCUGGCCGCCGGUGAGGUCGUACCGCAAGAACGCGCUCGCCGACGCCGCGGGCUCCAGCAAGGCCGCCAAGUUCGUCAAGGUGGCCGUCGACGGCGCGCCCUACCUGCGGAAGGUGGACCUGCAGGCGUACGCCGGCUACGACCAGCUGCUCCGCGCGCUCCAGGACAAGUUCUUCUCCCACUUCACCAUCAGGAAGUUCGCCGACGACGAGAGGAAGCUGGUGGACGCGGUGAACGGGACGGAGUACGUACCCACGUACGAGGACAAGGAUGGCGACUGGAUGCUCGUCGGCGACGUCCCCUGGAAGAUGUUCGUGGAAACCUGCCAGCGCCUUCGUCUGAUGAAAGGUUCAGAGGCCGUGAACUUGGCACCAAGAGCCGCCCGAUGAGGCACACUCCGUUGGGCGUUGGCACGCACGCACGCACUGGCGUCUUGAAGGAAAGGGGGAACUCUGCUGGUCUUGAUGAGGAUCUUCACGUGAGAUAGGAACGUGUGUACAGUUGUCGCCUUAUGGUAUUGAGUUGAGGAAACUUGGAAGUUCCAUUACUUGUCUGUAGUCUCUACUUUAUAUAGAUGCGAAGAAGCUUGAGAUACACAUUGCCUACAAUGUCUUUUGAUGAAUAAGACCAGACAGCACCGAACCGAACUCGUCCUCCACACGGUUGCUUUGCCAUCUCGGUGGUUUUGUGGUGGUGGUGGUGGUCGUGCUUCCUAUAGGUGUGAGGCUGAUGGCGUGGCUGCCAUUUAUACAAUCUUUAAUCGUGUUUUGUUGAGCUUUAUUAUAUGGUUUUGUUUGAGAGUUC